CAUUGAAUUCAUUCGUUUUUUGAGGUUGUUUGAGCUUCCUGCAGAAUCUUCGAUUGAUUUUAUAUUUUUUGCUGUAAACUCUCUGAAAUGGACCCCAAUAACGACGAGAAGUCAUUGGCGGAGAAAAACAUAUUUGACGCUAUAGCGCAAGAAGAUUUAACGGAAUUCAAGAAUAUUCUAGCACAACAUAAAGGAAAAGUAGAUUUCUUUGACGAAAAUGGUAUGACCGCGCUACAACAUGCCGCUUAUAAGGGUAACAAGGACAUGGUCCAGCUCCUGCUCGAUAGGGGCGCAGACGUGAACUGUGGCCGACAUGAGUACAACUACACCGCCUUGCAUUUUGGUGCUCUCUCCGGUAACUCGGAGGUGUGCAAGCUGCUGCUGGACGCGGGUGCCAAGCCCACAACCACCAACUCAGUGGGUCGGUCUGCGGCCCAAAUGGCUGCAUUUGUUGGCAACCACCACACAGUAGCGACGAUAAACAACUUCCUUCCGCGCAGCGAGAUCGCCUACUACUCUGUAGUGCAGGGGACUCAGACUGAGCCCAGCCUGCCCGCAUUCCUUGUGGACCCGCUGCACAAGUUUGUCCUUGGAGUUAACAUUCAUCCUGUAAGACUAGCCCUAAACCUCCAGCACAUGCAGAGUUUGCUUGAGAAUGCUGAAAAAGUGAGCAAGGUUCUUGAACUCCUUUGUAAGAAAGAGAUGACAAGAGGUGGUGACACCAAUGAGGUGAUGGCCUUCAAGUACCACUACUUGUCAUACAUUGUGCGUGAGCUGCACAACAUCAAGGAGAAGCAGAAGCCCAGCAGCAGUGACAAGGAAGACAAGAAGCAUGACAUUGUGGAAAUAUUUGCAAAAAAGCUACUGAAGCCAGGUAAGGAUGGAUAUUCUCUUGACCUUAUGGAUACAUUCCUGAAAGAUUGUGUCAGGGAGUUCCCCUACAGAGAAUGCACCACCUUCCACCAGAUGGUGUCAGCACUGACCAGCAAAGACCCCCCAACUGCUCUGUCAGUCAUCAACUGCACCAUCAAUGGUCAGCGAGGCUUUGUUGAUACAGUGUCUUACUGCAGUACGUGUGGUGAAGAGAAACCCGCCAAAAAGUGUUCUAAAUGCAAGUCAGUGCAGUACUGCGACCGGGAGUGCCAGCGCCUGCACUGGUUCGUGCAUAAGAAGGCCUGCAACCGCGAGUCUAGCGCCCCUGCACAGACCUCCAAUUCCAAACUCAACAUUGAUGCCUCAGAGCUGAGUGCUGAGCUACAGAAUCUCGUAGCAGGAUAAACAUGGACCCAACGGAACUUACAAUUAUGUAGCAAAUUCAAUGAGCCUAACUAGUGCUGUUUCUUCUUCACGAAUAUCUAAGCUAUAUGUUAGCCAAAAGUAUUGUAUCAGGCAUUUUAUCUGGAGAUAUAUAUUUAACAGUUGUUAUAAGAAUUCGUAUUUACUAAAAUAAGGAGAUAUUUUUACUAUGACAAUUAUUGCUGUUUUAUAGUUACCUAAUUCUUUUACUUCUACUAUAAACGAAUCAUACUAUAGUAUUUCGGUGCGUAUUUAAGAUAACUGGUUUUAUUAAAUGUCUAGCCAAAUGUUAGACACAUUUGGCUAUUCAUAAUUUUCAGCUUAAUAUGUCUUAAAAUACAUAAAUGUUGUAAUUUGUCAUAGAAUGUACUUCUUAUAUUAUUCUGAAUUAUUUGUAGUUCCUUGUGCAUUUAAAUGUCGUGUAGAUGUGUAAUAGAAAGAAAUUAUUCAAAAUAUUUAGGCAUAAUUUCCAGUUAAUGUGUUGUUUGUCUCACAGUUGCAUAUUUUAUGCGUACCUAAUCAAUCAAAUGAAAUAAAACCAUUUCAGUACGUCAACAUAA